AUGGCAAGAGCACCAACCGAUUCACCAUCCCAAGUGGACACACCUAUGACUGACGCAAAUGAUGACUCUAUCCCAUUGGUUCCAGUCGACGCGCCUAGCCACCAAGACACCCCUGAAUACACGGAUACCACCGAGAGCAGUGUCGCAGGCGACCUGGCAGCAGCUGAUGGACGCCGACGCAGAGCAGAGGCUACUCAGUUGAGAAAAAGUCUUCUUGGAAAGAAGCAAAGUCGCUUGGACGAAUCCAAGGAAGACGACUCGAUUCGACGUUUCCGCUACCUUCUCAGUCUGACUGAUCUAUUCCGCCAUUUUAUCGAAACAAACCCCAACCCACGGAUUAAGGAGAUCAUCGCUGAGAUCGAUCGGCAGAAUGCGGACAAGUCUAAGGCACGCAAAGGAGCAUCGCGCUCAGGUGGUGCCGCUAGUGAUCGCGCCCGCAGAACCGAGCAGGAGGAAGAUGCCGAGCUUCUACAGGAUGAGAAACAGGGUGGCGAGACGACAACCAUAUUUCGGGAGUCGCCCGCUUUUGUCCAUGGUGAGCUCCGCGACUAUCAGGUCGCAGGUCUGAACUGGCUCGUUUCCUUGCACGAGAAUGGUAUCUCUGGUAUUUUGGCCGACGAGAUGGGUCUAGGAAAGACUUUGCAGACAAUCUCGUUCCUGGGUUAUCUACGUCACAUCUGCGACAUCACUGGCCCGCAUCUGGUUGCUGUGCCUAAAUCCACGUUGGACAAUUGGAAGCGAGAAUUUGCCAAAUGGACGCCCGAGGUCAAUGUCCUAGUUCUUCAGGGUGACAAGGAAGAGCGCCAGCGCCUGAUCAACGAGCGCCUGGCCGACGAGGAUUUCGAUGUGUGCAUCACCAGCUAUGAAAUGAUUCUUCGCGAGAAAACGCACUUCAAGAAGCUUGCCUGGGAAUACAUUAUUAUCGAUGAAGCCCACCGUAUUAAGAAUGAGGAAUCUUCACUUUCGCAAAUUAUCCGUCUCUUCAACUCGCGCAACCGACUACUCAUCACCGGUACUCCCUUGCAAAACAAUUUGCAUGAGCUUUGGGCUCUACUCAAUUUCUUGCUGCCUGAUGUUUUUGGAGAUUCAGAGGCUUUCGACCAAUGGUUCUCUACGCAGAGCUCCGACCAGGAUACCGUUGUGCAGCAACUUCAUCGUGUCCUUCGGCCAUUCUUGCUUCGACGAGUGAAGAGUGACGUCGAAAAGAGUCUUCUGCCCAAGCAAGAGAUGAACCUCUACGUGCCCAUGUCUGAUAUGCAAGUGAACUGGUAUCAAAAGAUUCUGGAAAAGGAUAUUGAUGCCGUCAACGGAGCGGCCGGCAAGAAGGAGUCCAAAACUCGCCUACUGAACAUCGUCAUGCAACUGCGCAAGUGUUGCAAUCACCCUUACCUUUUCGAAGGAGCCGAACCGGGCCCUCCGUACACGACCGAUGAACAUAUUAUCUACAACUCCGGAAAAAUGGCAAUUUUGGACAAGCUUUUGAAGCGCAUGAAGGAGGACGGCAGCCGCGUUCUUAUCUUCUCCCAGAUGAGUCGUGUCUUGGAUAUCCUUGAAGACUACUGUGCGUUCCGCGAAUUCAACUACUGCCGGAUUGACGGUACUACGGCUCACGAGGAUCGUAUCUCUGCCAUUGACAAUUACAACAAGCCGGGAUCGGACAAGUUCAUUUUCCUUCUUACUACACGUGCCGGCGGUCUCGGUAUCAAUUUGACCACUGCUGAUAUUGUGGUGCUUUUUGACAGCGAUUGGAACCCCCAGGCGGAUCUCCAAGCCAUGGAUCGUGCGCAUCGUAUUGGUCAAACCAAACAAGUCAAAGUUUUCCGAUUUGUGACCGAGAAUGCUAUUGAAGAAAAGGUGCUUGAGCGUGCGGCUCAGAAACUGCGUCUGGAUCAACUUGUUAUCCAACAAGGCCGCGCUCAGCAACAAGCCAAGGCCGCCGCCUCGAAGGACGAUCUUCUCGGCAUGAUUCAGCAUGGCGCCGCCAACGUUUUUAAAAGCAAAGAAGCAGGUAGCAGAAGCGCGAAUGACAUCACUGAAAAUGAUUUUGAAGCUAUUCUUCGAAAGGGAGAGGAGCGCACGGCUGAGCUGAACAAAAAGUACGAGAAGCUUGGCAUCGAUGACUUGCAGAAGUUCAGCUCCGAAAGUGCAUACGAGUGGAACGGCAAGGAUUUCACUGAGCGCAAGAAAGAUAUUGGACUGACCUGGAUCAAUCCACCCAAGCGAGAGCGCAAGGAUAACAAAGACAACUUCUAUUCGAUCGACGCAUACUAUCGUGACACCCUGGCUACCGGUGGACGAACCGCAGAUACCAAACCCAAGGCGCCGCGAGCGCCCCGACAAAUCACAGUUCAUGACUGGCAAUUCUUUCCCCCCGGCCUACAGGAGUUGCAGGAAAAGGAGACUGCAUACUUCCACAAGGAGAUUGGCUACAAGGUCCCAUUGCCAGAAGGUCCAGAGGAUGAGCUCAGUGAGCGCGAAGCUGAACGGGACCUUGAACAAAAGGAAAUAGACGAUGCCAAGCCUCUCACUGAAGAAGAAAAGGCCGAGAAGGCUAGUAUGUCCGAGGAGGGAUUUUCCCUCUGGAACCGUCGUGAUUUCCAACAAUUCGUCAACGGAUCAGCCAAGUUCGGACGCACCGACUACGUAGGCAUUGCCACCGAGGUAGAUAGCAAGGAGCCCGAUGAGAUCAAGGAGUAUGCCGAGGUAUUCUGGGAACGAUACACGGAGAUCCAGGAUUACUCCAAGUACCUGCGGGUGAUCGACCAAGGUGAAGAUAAGGUCCGCAAGAUGGGCCACCAGCGCAAGAUGCUUCGAAAGAAGUUGGAAAUGUACCGUGUGCCAUUACAGCAGCUCAAGAUCAACUACACCGUGUCUACAACCAACAAGAAGGUUUACACUGAAGAGGAAGACCGAUUCUUGCUAGUGAUGCUAGACAAGUAUGGCGUUGAAGGUGACGGUCUUUACGAAAAGAUCAGGGAUGAAGUACGGGACUCCCCGCUAUUCCGCUUUGAUUGGUUCUUCCUCAGUCGGACCCCUGUUGAAAUUGGUCGUCGAUGCACUACUCUACUGAAUACAGUGGCUAAGGAGUUUGAACCCGAGGGCAAGACCAAUGGGGAGGGUAAGGGCCGCGGUCGAGACCGUGAUGAAGAUGAGGAGAAUGAUGACGCGGCACCUGCUAAGAAGAAGGCUAAAAAUGGCGCCACCAAUAAACAGGUCAAAAAUGUCAAGGGUAGCAAGGCAAACUCAACUACGCCAUCCCGAGCUAAUAGCGUUACAAAUGGGCCCAAAGGAAAGAGCCGAAAGAGAUAA